CUGCUGGGUCAGUGUAAUGCCGUCUAUAAAUAAUAACAGAGUCAAAACAGCCACAGCGAGUACAAGAGAGGGGAAACCCACAUCACCAUUUCUCCUUUUCCCGAAUCUGCAGGAAUAAACCAGCGCGCAAAUAAUGUGCUGUUGCCUCGUUCACCUCUCACACUGCUGGCAGACAGUAACCGGCUCUGCUUGUGCACUUUAUUGCGGUAAUCCAUCUGCUCGGGCGCUGCGGCUUGUUGGUAAACACGAAUCGGAUACCGCCUGCGAGGACUCCCUCUGGUGCAUUGAUGCACCCGUUUCAGUGGUGUAACGGGUGCUUCUGUGGUCUGGGACUGGUUUACUCCAACAAGUCGUGUACCAUGCCACCCAUCACCUUCCAGGACCUGCCUCUCAACAUCUACAUGGUCAUCUUCGGGACAGGCAUCUUUGUCUUCAUCCUGAGCCUCAUCUUCUGCUGUUACUUCAUCAGCAAACUACGACACCAAGCCCAGAGUGAGCGCUUUGGAUACAGAGAGGUGGUUUUAAAAGGAGAUCCAAAAAAGUUGAGUCUUCAUGGGCAGACGUGCGCCGUGUGUCUCGAGGACUUCAAAGUGAAAGAUGAGCUGGGAGUGUUGCCAUGCCAACAUGCUUUCCACAGGAAGUGUCUGGUAAAGUGGUUGGAGGUGCGCUGCGUCUGCCCCAUGUGCAACAAACCCAUAGCUGGGCCCCCUGAGCAGCACCACAGCAUAGGGACUCUCCUGGAUGAAUUGGUGUAACAUCUCAAUGCCCGCCAGUUUGGGUGGGACGCGUGUGUCCGGCCAAACCAGCUGGUAAAAGUUAACAACCAACAGGAAGAGGGACAUUGUUUUUGCUGUUAAAAACACAGCAAAAACACCAAGAUGAUGAUGUUAAGUUGGGGUAACCUAGUUACCACCCGGAGAAAGACUACGGAUGAUGAUGUUGCCUAGCAACCAUCUCUGAGAUGGCAGCACAACACCUUGUAGUGUCUGAGAGAUUAUCUCCAGCCACCCACACAUCACCCCACCACUCUUCUUUCAACAUCUCCCUGUUCACCUGUUCCAUCACAUCUUCUCUUGUUGCCUCAAGUGAGGUUAAUGGCACCACUGAAGUGGAAGAGACACAGUUGCAUUUUUCACAACGAUGUGGAAAAGUAAGGAUGACAUGCGCCGGGCAGAAGGCACUGAUCCCCUCUGAGUGUUGUAUGUCAUGGUAUGAGGUUAUCAAAACUCUUGUUAAAUUCUUUCAGACAAAACGUUUUGAGACAAAGCCAUAUAGACAAAUUCAUAUUUUCUGCUCAACAUCCCCGGCAGUAGCACAAUAACAUGUUGACAGUUACACUGCUAAAAAUACAGUCAAAUGUGUGGAGAUGUCUAGAAACAAAGGCCAUAAGAUAAUACGUAAUACUGUUGCCAAAACAUACACAGGGUUGAUUAAAACUGCUUUCAAGUAAAUGGAAAGCUUAUUUUUAAAGACUUAGUGUAAGCAAUUACGUAUUUGGCAUAAAAAAAAUGAUGGAAAAGAUGAAUCCAUGCCAGAACUAAAUUAUUCAUGUUACUUAGAAGAAGCAGCAAAUUCAUCCGUGUUUUCAUCUUUCUCACAAACCAAUUGAUUUGUUUGCUGAUAUGUUGAAAUUAUUACUGUGUAAAAUCCAUAUUGGUGCCAACCUCUACAGUGAUAUCAUGUGUGUUGAUGCUCCAGCUGAUUUUUCCACUGGGAUGUUUUAAUUGUUCAGACAUGUUUUUAUUGUGUUAAUAUAGAUGGACACCUCCUGCCUCUCGCUGUAACAGUUUGGUUCUUUGUUGAAAUAUGUUGAAGAUUUCUUUUAGAUAUUGCACUUUGAAUUCAUGAAAACCCUUGUACUACUAAAAUGUUAGACUAAGGUUUGGAUGCAGCACAGCCGGUCCCUUGUUUUCAGGUGUGGUGAAUCUUUUAUUAAAGCCUAUGAAGCAGCAGAGAUGCUGCUUCAUCUGAAGAUAAGGGAAGCAGCAGUACAGGCCCUCGGUGUUGUUCUGUGAAUUCAUCCGGGAAGCAACUAAAUCUCACUUUCAUAGGCAGCGAUUUUUGUGGCGUUAUUGUUGGUGAUUCUGUUUUACAUUCCUCUGUCGUAGGUUGUUUUUUUGUGAUUUACAGCGAUUCAGACAGCAAAACACUGCCUAAAUUGAGCAAAAAACUCGCAAAGCACAUAUUCCAGAUACAGAAGGCACCUGCACUGUAAUUAAAAGCCAAACACGCAAGGUGAGGCUGUUGAGACCACAUGAGUCCGUGAACCAAGAAAAAAAAAGGCUAUCCUGUUGCAUUUUCGGCACACGAAGAAGAGAAAUGUUCAAUCUGAUUCUGGCCACAUUCCAUAUUUUGUAAUACAACAGUAAAUAACUUGAAACAAUAAUAAAUACAGUUGUCUGUUUUGCCCA